AUGAGGAACUUCUUGCUUGGCUGGCCUAGCAUGGGUCCUGCUAACUCCUCCCUCCUCACCGGAACGGUUCCUUCUCCGUCCACCCAGGCCGUCGCCACGACCAACACCAACAACCGUGUCGACCCACCAUCCACCCACGCAUCCCACCACCUCCAUCCCGCCAUGUCCUUGCACGAGCACGCCGCGAUCCGGCUCGUGCACAUCCUCGUCACCUGUGCCGCUGCCAUCCAGGCCGGCGACUAUGGCGUCGCCGUCAACAACCUGGCCGAGGCCCACACCCUCCUUGCCACCACCAUCCCCACUUCCUCCGGUAUCGGCCGCGUCACCAGCCACUUUGCCACCGCGCUCGCCUACCGCCUCUUCUCGGCAUCCCCACACUCCUCCAUGCCGCCUUCUUCUUCCUCGCCAUCGCCCAAUAAUCAAGCAGGUGAGCAGUACCGCCAGUUCUACGACAUGGUUCCUCACCUCAAGUUCGCCCACUUCGCGGCCAACCAAGCCAUCCUUGAGGCCUUUCAAGGCCACGAUCAAGUGCACAUCAUCGACCUGGCCAUCAUGCGUGGUCUCCAGUGGCUUCCCCUCAUCCAGGCCUUCUCCCUCCAGUCGGGCGGCCCGCCAUCGAUCCGCAUCACCGGCGUCGGCCCAACACCUACUGGGCCACACGACGAUAUCCAAGAGGUGGGCCUCCUUCUCACAGAGCACGCACGCGUCUUAAACGUCCCCUUCUCCUUCCAUAGCGUCACAUGCGACAGCCUCGAGGGGCUCAAACCAUGGAUGUUCCACCUCAUUCAUAGCGAGGCCGUCGCCAUCAACUCCAUCUUCCAGCUCCACCGCCUUCUUGGGGACCCAGAUGCCGCGUCGACUUCCCUGCCGCCGCCCAUCGACACAGUUCUCGGUUGGAUCACCGCCAUGCGGCCCAAGGUGUUCACCAUCGUCGAGCAGGAGGCGGACCACAACAAGCCAGAGCUGGUCGAGAGGUUCACCAACGCUCUCUUCUACUAUGGCGUUGCAUUCGACUCCAUGGAGGCCAUCGUGCCAAGGUCCCAGGCCGGCACCGCUGGGCUCGCGGCGGAGGCCCACCUGCAGCGGGAGAUCUUUGACAUCGUGUGCAACGAGGGAAGUGGCCGGGUCGAGCGCCACGAGACGCUGCAAUGCUGGCGGGGCAGGCUGCGUCGGGCCGGGCUUGCCCAGGUGCCGCUCGGGCCCAACAACCUCCGCCAUGCGUCCAUGCUGCUCCGCAUCUUCUCCGGCGCCGGGUACCACGUCAUGGAGCGCGGCGACGGCCUCAUGCUCGCGUGGCACGGCAACCCGUUGUUCUCAGUGUCGGUGUGGCACGUCAUGGAGGAGGAGCUCGAAGACAACAAGAACAACGUUGUCCGCCAUGUGACCACUGGGGCGAUGUUAUCCAUGCAGUGA